AUGGAAUGUUUGAACAGGCGAGCCCUGCCGUUCCUGACGCCUGGGUUGCCGUUCGUGCCGGCCAUCGCCGUCACGGUCAACAUCUAUCUCAUCCUCAAGCUCUCUAUCCUCACCCUGUUCCGGUUCAUCGUCUGGAUGACCAUCGGCUUCGCCAUCUACUUCGCAUACGGGAUGAAGAACAGCAACCUCGAGCGGGAAUGGGGGAAGGAGCAGAUCGAGAUGGCGCUCCGACAGCAGAGAGGCCAGAAGAUCCCCGCGAAAUCCCCCCAGCUCCCCCAGCAGUGCUACAGCAACAACGGAUUCCUCUCCCCGCUCGCCACGCCCACGGUUUACACCAACCCUUUCCUCCCUUCGUGAUAGCAUUUACAAAUAUAUAUAUAAUAAAAAAAUAAUCAUAAAAUCCUCAUAUCAGUGACGAGCUCAAAAAAUCUCAUAUCGUGCGAUCGAUCUCCCAAGUGGCUACCCGACUGUGAUCAUCUAUCUACUUACGGUUACGUCGCUCGGUUUAUUUUUAUUUUAUUUAUUACGAACUUGGGGUGUUGGCUUCAUCUCUCUGUCACGUGGUGCUUGAUGCAGUGUUGUGUAUGCCACAUUCGUGAAAAAAAAAAAGAUUCCACUUUUCUCUCCCUCUCUUUCUCUCUUUGCUUCC